UUUCGCUCAAUCUCAUAUAUGCAAGUCAUUGCCCGCCACCACCCUUCUUCUGACUCAUACAAACAAACUUUUAGCGUUGUUAAUUUGCAUUCGUUUUCAUCUCAACCACUGAAACAGUGAUAGAUAUCGUUAUCCCUUUGCCCACAAGAGGAAAUAUCUGUUUUGCUGUUGAAUAUCCUCCUCCGCGCUCAUUCAAGCAUCCAUCAAACACCUGCUUGAAGAAAUACAUGUUUACGUCUACGUACGCGCAGAAAUGGGGAGGAAUAGCAGGACAAUCAAGAGGGUUUCGAGAAUUGGAAGCUAUGCAAUAGCUUCAUCGAUUACGGACCCCACUUGCGUUUCUUGCACAACGUUCAAUAUUCUUGCUCCUAUUUACAAAAGACUCAGUCAAGAGGAUCCCAGUUACAGAGAAAGUGAUGUUAAAGGUUUUUGGCUAAAUAGGAACAAGAGAAUUUUGGAUUGGUUAUUGUGUGAAAGAGCUUCUAUUAUAUGCCUUCAGGAAUUCUGGGUUGGGAAUGAAGAGCUGGUCAGUAUUUACGAUAAGAGGCUAGGGGCUGCUGGUUAUAACUGCGUCAAGCUUGCCAGGACGAAUAAUCGAGGCGAUGGUCUCCUGACUGCCGUGCAUAAGGACUCCUUCAGGAUCAUCAGCCACAGAGAGCUGCUUUUCAAUGAUUUUGGUGACCGUGUUGCUCAGCUACUGCAUGUCGAGCUGAUUGUGCCCUUCUCACAAUGUCGAAACAAUAAUGUCCGCCAAGAAAUUCUCAUAGUGAACACCCACUUAUUGUUUCCACAUAAUUCAAGUUUGUGCCUGGAACGACUUCGCCAGGUCUACAAAAUAUUGCAAUAUGUGGAGUCAUAUCAAUAUGAAAACAAACUCAAUCCCUUACCUAUAUUACUCUGCGGUGACUGGAAUGGAAGCAAGAGUGGUCAUGUUUACAAGUUUCUUAGGUCUCAGGGAUUUAUAUCAUCAUAUGAUGCUGCUCAUGUGUAUGCCGAUGCAGAUGCUCACAAGUGGGUAAGCCACCGUAAUCAUCGUGGAAACAUUUGUGGUGUAGAUUUUAUAUGGCUUCUUAAUCCUAAUAGAUAUAGGAAAUUACUCAAAACAAGUUGGAGUGAAGCACUGGCUGGAAUGCUCAAGCAUCAACUUAAGCGAGUAUCUCUGACCGAGGAUGAUGCAUUUGCUUUUUUAAAGGCAGAUAGCGAGGGCGAUUACAUCACCUACUUCGGCUUCUAUGAAGCACUGCAGCAGCUGAAUUUGGUUGGACAUUGUCAUGGCCUUUGUAAUGAAGAGGUAAAGGAACUAUGGCUGCAAGCAGAUGUGGAUGGAAAUGGUGUUAUUGACUAUAAAGAAUUUAAGCAGCAAAUAUGGAACACUUACUCGGACCAAGGAGAGAGAGAGAGGGAUCAGGUCUGGGAUGACAUCGUCAAUGGCACAGUGCAAACCAUCGGAUUCAGUGUCAAGAAUGCAGUUCUCUUCCCAGCAGAAGUCGAGAAAGGGAUGUGGCCUGAAGAUUACUCUCUUUCUGAUCAUGCCCGUCUAACAGUGGUCUUUUCACCAGUGAGGAUGCCAUGUUCUCGGUUGACAUAAUGAUAUUUGAUGGUUGCUUCUUGAGAUGGACAUAGAAUUUUACAAAGAUUUAUGAGUGAUGAAGGAAAUUGAGCGUUGGAUAAGCAAGCAACGAGUUUUUUCCCAAAUCAUCAAGUAGUGGCAUUUAUGAUCAAACAUAAAGAUGAGUGGAUUUGCACUGCUAUAAUCGGAGGCUGAAAAUGUUUUGCUCGUCUGCAAGAAUUUUGCUUGUGUAUAUAGUACUAAACUGUGGCAAGGUGUCAUUCCUCAUUUCUGUGGCUGUAAAUGGCUAGUUAUAUAGCCUCCGGAGAGGAACAAACAGAUCAAAUACUCUUAUCAAACACCACUUUUGGAACUGGAAUCAAGUUAAGGACU